GCAGCAACUGAGCCAGAUGCUGACAGACGAGCAUAUGCAGUGUGGGUGUCUGAGAUCAUGCUCCAGCAGACACAGGUGGCUACAGUGAUCGACUACUACAACCGCUGGAUGCAGAAGUGGCCAACGCUGCAGGCUCUGGCACAGGCAUCCCUAGAGGAGGUGAACGAGCUGUGGGCUGGACUUGGCUAUUACUCAAGAGGGAAGCGUUUGCAGGAGGCAGCGAGGAAGGUGGUGUCUGAGCUGGCUGGUCAGAUGCCCAGGACGGCUGAGGACCUGCAGAAGCUGCUGCCAGGAGGGGGGCGGUACACGGCAGGGUCAGGAGCCAUCGCAUCCAUCUCAUAUGGGCAGGCUACUGGUGUUGUGGAUGGGAACGUGAUCCGCGUCCUGUGCCGGCUGCGGUGCAUUGGUGCUGACUCCAGCAGCCCGGCUGUCAUUGACCGGCUCUGGGACAUGGCCAAUGCCCUGGUAGACAGGAGCCGCCCGGGGGAUUUUAACCAAGCCCUGAUGGAGCUGGGAGCAACUGUGUGUGUGCCCAAGGCCCCACUGUGCGGGGAAUGCCCCGUGAAGCAGCACUGCCAAGCACAGCUCAGGGUGGAGAAGGAGCUGGCCUUUGCAUCUCAGAAGCUGUUUGGAAAAGCCACCCCAGUGCCUGAUGUUGAGGACUGUGGUAAGGGGGCCUGCCACGGGACCCCCCAGUACCUCAUCGUGCAGAGACCCAGCUCAGGUCUCCUGGCUGGGCUCUGGGAGUUCCCAAGUCUCCCACUGGUCAUCCACAUCUUCUCUCACAUCCACCAGACAUACGUGGUCUACUCCCUGUCCCUGGAUGGGGAUGUGACCCUGGAUCCUGCCUCAUCCCCAUCCCGCUGGGUGACAGUGGAGGAAUUCCAUGCCUCAGCUGUGUCCACGGCUAUGAAGAAGGUCCUGAAAGCAUGUGAGAAGCAGCAAGGGAAGGGGAGCAGCCCUGGCCAGGGCUCCAAGCGGAAGCGAGGGGCAAAGGCACAGGGAACAGGCAGCACCAGCCCUGGGACACAGCUCUCCCUCCGUGCCUUUCUCCGGCCACCGACUGUCCCGUGA